ACGUCCCCCUCCCUUCUAAACACGGGGUUGACAGACUGAAGUUUUGGCGCCAUCGAGGAACCUCUUUACUUCGAAAAGUCGUGAUGGCCUCGCUUAAGAAUCAAGUUAUAAACCUAUUUAAGAUGCACGGAUUAGCCAUCCGGAGUGAUGGAGCAAAAUAUCUCUGUGAACUUCUUGAACCGUUACCCAAAGAAGACCAUGAUGAAUGGAUUGAAAAAGUUAUAGAGGCUGUGCAGAAACUGCCAAUCAACAGUACAAUGAUUUCAAAGGACUACAUAUACAAAGCCGCUCAGGAAGUAAGUGUCUCAGAAAAUGAUGAUGAUGCCAUUCUUUUACAAAUGAUAGACACAUUCAAGAUUCCUAAACUAGUUUACAAUGUGGAGAGAAAGAAGUUUAUGCUGUCCUCAUUAGGUGUUAAAGACCUACACGGUGGAGCUCCUGACAAAGCUGCACUCUUCAGAUACAGGUAUACAACUGUAUAUCAGCGGGCGUGUAACCAUGAACUGUUCCGACGGCCUGCAGUUGAUAUUGUUCGUGAAGAAAAAUCAAGAAUUAGCUUGGUGAAGGUUGAGUUUCUUUUAGGUUCCAGUUCCCGCCAGAACAGUGUUGUGGUGUUGGGGCUUUUAACUCAGUUAGUUGAAGGCCGUCAUCACUUGGAAGAUGAUACUGGAUUUGUUCCUCUGGACUUAUCCAAAACAAGAUUUCACAAUGGUUUGUUUACUUACAAUUGUUUUAUACUUGUUGAGGGAUGGUAUGAAGAUGGAGUUUUGUAUGCUACUGCCGUUGGUCUACCUCCCCCUGAAGAUGCAAAUACCACAAGAGCAUACUUUGGUAACAUCAAUUAUUUUGGUGGGCCAGGAGAUACGUGUGCAAAGAAUAAUCUAAAACUCCAGCAGGCAGAACGUGACAAUAAAGAUGCCAUGAUGGUCAUGCUUUCUGAUGUGUGGUUAGAUAAAAUCAAGGUAUUAGAGAAGCUGAGGGUUUUGUUUAGCGGGUAUGCACAGUUUCCACCAACAGCUUUCAUAUUUUGUGGCAAUUUUUUGUCAGUCUGUCACAGUUCUCAGCAGGCAUCUGAUUUGAGGCAUGCCUUUUCUGCACUAGGUGACCUAAUUAAGGAGUUUCCACCACUAAUUGAAAACUCCAGAUUUAUUUUUGUUCCUGGACCAGGUGAUCCAGGUCCAAGUAAUAUAUUUCCAAGGCCUCCACUGCCAAAGUAUGUGACAGAAGAAAUACGAAAAAAAGUUCCUAAUUCAAGUUUUGUAUGUAAUCCAUGCCGAAUUCUGUAUUGUACACAAGAAAUUGUAAUUUUUCGUGAAGAUAUUGUUGCCAAGAUGUGUCGGAAUUGUGUUUACUUUCCAAGUAAUUCAGAUGACAUUCCUGCACAUUUUGCCAAGACACUUGUUUGCCAAGGACAUCUAUCUGCUCUGCCAUUACAUGUUCUACCCGUCUACUGGGGGAUGGAUCAUUGCCUGUCGCUUCAUCCUAGCCCUGAUCUCAUAAUUACUGCUGAUAAAGGAGAUGCCUUUACAACAACAUACAAUCACACAAUUGUGACUAAUCCUGGCUCCUUCUCAAAGACUGAUUUCUCCUUUAAAGUUUAUUUGCCUGCAGCUAAGCAGAUUGAAGAUAGCCAGAUUGGAGAUGAAGAGGAUUAAAGUUGCCAAAUUAUGAGCAAUUUAUCAUCUAUUUCUAGGUAAUAAGUAUUAUAAUUGUAUAUAUUUAUAUAUAUUUUAAUAAAAAAUUUUAAUGA